CCACUUCCACCUUCGUUUGAAAUUCUCACUUCCUUCAUGUCAUUUUGUGAUGUAUGUUAACUUAUCGUCUUCUCGACGUCCUCACUCUGGUGGCAGAGUGUUUGGUGCACUGCUGAAACUCCUUGAGCUGAAUCGCGCCCACACGACUGUCAGUUCACCAUGUCCAGGAAGGUUGUGAGGACCAGUAAGUUCCGUCACGUUUUUGGUCAGGCUGUGAAAGCUGACCAAUGCUACGAUGACAUCCGGAUUUCCCAGAUGACCUGGGAUAGCAACUUCUGCUCUGUUAAUCCCAAAUUUGUGGCCAUGAUUGUGGAUGCCAGUGGUGGGGGAGCCUUCAUGGUGCUGCCCCUGAAUAAGACGGGGCGUAUUGACAUGUCUUAUCCCACCGUAUGCGGCCACACAGGUCCGGUCUUGGACAUUGAGUUCUGUCCUCACAAUGACAACAUAAUAGCCAGCGGCUCAGAGGAUUGCAGUGUCAUGAUUUGGGAGAUCCCGGACGGUGGGCUGACCACAUCUCUUACAGAGCCUGUUGUGAAGCUGGACGGCCACUCCAAACGCGUCGGCAUCCUGACCUGGCACCCCACUGCUCACAAUGUGCUGAUGAGUGCAGGCUGUGAUAACGUGGUGAUCCUGUGGAACGUGGCACGGGGGGAAGCAGUAGUGAGGAUCGACAGCGUGCACACUGACCUCAUCUACAGUGCCUGCUGGAACAGGGACGGCUCCAGGAUUCUCACCUCAUGCAAAGACAAGAAGCUGCGGGUGCUGGACCCACGCAAGGGGACAGUUGUCUCUGAAAGGGACAAGCCUCAUGAGGGCUCCAGACCUGUCAGGGCCGUGUUUGUGUCCGAUGGGAAGAUCCUGAGCACCGGAUUUAGUCGCAUGAGUGAAAGACAGGUGGCGCUGUGGGAUCCGAAGAACUUUGGAGAGCCGCUGACCCUGCAGGAGCUGGACACCAGCAGUGGUGUUCUCCUGCCAUUUUUUGACCCAGACACUGGUGUCAUCUACCUCUGUGGCAAGGGAGACAGCAGCAUCCGUUACUUUGAAGUGACAGAUGAAGCUCCAUAUGUUCACUACCUGUCCCAGUACAGCAGCAAGGAGAGCCAGAAGGGGAUGGGAUACAUGCCAAAAAGGGGCUUGGAGGUCAAUAAAUGUGAAAUUGCCAGAUUUUACAAACUUCAUGAGAGGAAAUGUGAACCCAUAGUCAUGACAGUACCACGCAAGUCGGAUCUGUUCCAGGAAGAUCUGUACCCGGACACCAUCGGUCCAGAGCCCUCAGCAGAGGCUGAUGAGUGGUUUGAGGGAAAAGAUGCUCCACCUAACAUGAUCUCCCUAAAGGACGGGUUUGUAGCAACCACCAAAGCCAAGGAGUUCAAAGUUCACAAGAGUCUCCUGAAGACUACAACUGCAUCUGGCAGCAGUCAACAGGACAACAACGGGGAGGUUCAGUCUUUGAGGAAGGAGGUAAAGAGCCUCAAAGAAGCACUAGAGGAGCUGACCAAGCGCGUGAGUGAGCUGGAGAGCAAGCAUUAAGAAGAUAAAAGAUGGAUCUGAAACAAGGAAAUAAACCAAGAUCUGAAGUCAAUGGAAAAACUAAAGAGUGAAAAACAGACAACUAGAGGGAGGAAAUGUUUUUAACUUUUGGUUGUAGUGAGAUAAAGGGAGACAUCAUGACAGCAGAUGUGAUGAAACUUGUUUUCUAGCUUGAAGCUUGAAUUUGUUUAUUUGGUAUUUUUGACCAAUUUUUAAAACAUGUCUUAUUUUAAUAUAUGCUCAUAGUCUGAAAUAAAGUCUUCAGUAUUUUCCAAGA